UCAAGGAGGCUCAUAACGAGAACGUUCGCAAGAAAGAGGAAGAAGAACGUGUGCGGGCAAGACGGGAGCAAUUCUUGAAGCAGAUGCAAGAAAACGAACGUCUCGCCGAGCAGCGACGCCAGCAGAAGCAGAUGGCUGGCGGUAAACCUCAGCCGCAGCCCAGCAAAGACCCGGUCCCUGAAAGACCCAAGCAGAACAAAAGCGAACCUCACGCUCGUCACGAGCCCCCGCAGAAACCGCCGCUGAGGCCAAGCAACGGAGCUCAUGAUGCUGCUCAAAUCACUGACAUGAUCAACCAAAUGCCCAAGAGUGGCAAGUUUGUAUUCAAGAAGAACAACAGUGCAGGCGAAGGUCAAAACCUCCUACGCGAUCACCUGGGCCAGGGCAAGAAAGGUGCCGGAACGGCGCCAGUGCAGGAGGAGGACGUUUUCUUUGAUGACAUCAUCGAUGUUCCUUCAGAGCAAAGUCAGAAGCAUGCCAUGCCACCGCUGCCUCCCGGCUUAGGUACGUCGCAGCAGGUGUGUCCUCAUCUUGACUCGGCCGGCAGGUCCCAGGCCUGGCUCAACAGGCUCGAGCGCAAGGCUGAGCAAGGACGGAGAUGGCGGAGAUAUCCGCUCGAACCUCAAGGACUUUGGGAAGUUCUUGUCGCCCAACCACAAGAUCGCAAACAGACGCAAGUGAGAGGCCUGAACGAAAGAGACGAGAAGAGAUUGAGAGGCUGAUUGUAGUGGUGGGUUGCUGUUGACAUGAAUACAUUCUAGUUCAUCAG